UAACCUAAUCGAAUCCUUAAUUUCACGGUUCAACCCAUUCGUUUGCUUUAGGAACAAAGAUAAAUAUAUAUCAUGGCAUCCACGGCUGUAGAGAGCGUGGACCGCGCCAUGCAAGAGUACUGCGUCGUCGACCUCGAGCGAAUCGACGUGCCGGAGAUCGACGGCGCGCUUCUGAUGGAACUGCUGGAGGACUCGUGCGCCGACGCCGACGACGACGCCGAGGACGACCGGCUCGGCGGCGUCAUCCGGUCGCUGGAAGCGGAGAUCGGGUCGAAUUCCGGAUCGAUGGAGAUCGGCGACGACGAGUCGACGACCGGCCCGGCCGACGGCGGAUUGGAGGCCGUGCUAUCGGAUUUCGACAGCUUCGACGGGCUGAGAGACGCAGGUUACGCUGUCGACGAGGAUCCAUUUGGUUGGGCGGAGAUGGAGGUGGGGACGAGCGCGGCGAUGGGCGGGUGGUAUGUGGGUGUAGAGGAGGGGGAGGGUGGGGUGGUGGAGUAUGAGGAGGAGGGGAGAGAGUUUGAUUAUGGUUAUGGUUAUGGUUAUGGAGUGGUUUACUAUGGGGAGGGGAUGGUGGAGCAAACGUAUAGCCCUUUGUGGGGAUAAUCACGUAUACAGUUAAUUUGGAAGGGUUUUUUUUUUUUUU